CGGUCUGAUUUUUUUUUUGUGAAAAUCAUUUGGAAAAAUUGGGUGUUUAUUUAUACCAACAUUAAAAGACAAAAACCAUGAGCUGUUGCUGUGGAACUCAGACGCCAAGAUGUUGUGAGUGUCCGCCUGGCUUAAGAAUUGAUAAGACCCCACAGGCGCCUCUAUUCGACAUGCUGGGCCCGCAACCGGAUGAGGUUAUCAUUAUGAUCCUAGAUCGCAUCCUGUAUCUCUCAGGCGCCACAAAAAUAAUUCCCAUGCUGGAGUGGGCGGGCUAUGGAUCUGCUGCUAAGGAUUCCUGCCCACCGUCCACAUGUCCAUCAAGCCACUGCAGUUCCGCUACCAGCUCAAAUCACCCUUCGUCUUCAGUAUGGAACACCUGCUGCUCAAAAGCAUCAAGUUGCUGUAAGCAACCGAGAACUUGCGGUAGUCAAAAGGGUUCACCAAAGGUUCCGCCGGUUCCACACAGUCCAAAACCAUGUUGCAUUAAGACGCCAAGUCGUAUAAGUGCCGCAUCCAGCUGCCCCCGGCAACGUACACCUAGAGUGGAUUUCGAUAAUCCGGCGGACAAUAUUCCGAUGCGAAGAAAGGCUGGCAGCAUCUCGGUUAGAGAACGUAUGGAACGUUCCAUUUCGUCGUGCUCGGUGGCUUGUCAGCAGCUGAAAGCUAAACUUGCAUCCGAGGAAAUCUCGGGACAAAAGGAUCAAAAGUGGUUGUGGACCCGUCUGACACACGGAAAGAAUGGCUGCAUGGUGUAUGAGGUGUACAAAGACUCCGAUGCUGACAGCUCGCCCUCCAGUAUUCGAUCGGAGGCACCAAUUAUCCUUUUUCUGGUCAUGCCAAAUGGCUGCAUCAUGCCCUUUGAGUCGAUUAGCAGUCCUUAAAGCGGGAUGGGCUCGCACGAACUAUAUGCAUUUUGCUUACUUUCUUAUUUUGUGGUCAAUUAAAAAAUUAACUUUUAAGAAAUUUUUAAUACAAAACAUUAU